CGCAACCAGCCAAACAUCAUCCAUCUACGUCCAGCUUGUCGCCGCCUCCACGUCACACGAUCUCAUCAAACCAAACACGCCACAACUCAGACACGAUGAGCGCCGACCCCGAGAGAGAACACGCGCUAGAAGGAUACAAGGGCAAGCUGCUGGAGUCAAGAGAAUGGGAGGCAAAGCUCAAGGCGCUGCGAUUAGAGAUCAAGGGCCUGCAACAUGAUUUUGACGUUUCCGAAGACAACAUCAAGGCUCUGCAGAGUGUCGGUCAGAUCAUCGGAGAGGUCUUGAAGCAGUUGGAUGAGGAGAGAUUCAUCGUCAAGGCGUCAUCAGGCCCGCGCUAUGUCGUCGGAUGCAGGUCAAAGGUCGACAAGCUCAAGCUCAAGCAAGGAACCCGUGUCGCCCUCGACAUGACCACCCUCACAAUCAUGCGCAUGCUCCCACGAGAGGUCGACCCGCUCGUCUACAACAUGUCCCUCGAGGACCCUGGCCAGAUCAACUUUGCUGGUAUCGGUGGUCUCAACGAACAGAUCAGAGAGUUGCGCGAAGUCAUUGAACUGCCGCUCAAGAACCCCGAACUCUUCCUCAGAGUUGGCAUCAAGCCGCCAAAGGGUGUCUUGCUGUACGGCCCUCCCGGAACCGGAAAGACUCUUCUUGCGAGAGCUGUAGCUAGCAGCUUGGAAACGAACUUCCUCAAGGUUGUUUCGUCCGCUAUCGUCGACAAGUACAUCGGUGAAUCCGCCCGUCUGAUCCGCGAAAUGUUUGGCUACGCAAAGGAACACGAACCCUGUAUCAUCUUCAUGGACGAAAUCGAUGCCAUCGGUGGCCGCAGAUUCUCAGAAGGUACCUCUGCCGACAGAGAAAUCCAAAGAACCCUGAUGGAGCUACUCAACCAACUCGACGGUUUUGACUACCUCGGAAAGACAAAGAUUAUCAUGGCCACAAACAGACCCGACACCCUCGAUCCCGCCUUGCUCCGUGCCGGUCGUCUGGACAGAAAGAUUGAGAUUCCUCUGCCCAACGAGGUCGGACGUAUGGAGAUUCUGAAGAUCCACGCAGAGGGUGUGGUAAAGGAGGGUGAAAUCGACUACGAGAGUGUCGUCAAGAUGAGUGAUCAGCUCAACGGUGCUGAUUUGAGAAACGUCGUGACCGAAGCUGGUCUCUUCGCCAUCAAGGACUACCGUGACGCCGUCAACCAAGAUGACUUCAACAAGGCCGUCCGCAAGGUUGCCGAAUCCAAGAAGCUUGAAGGCAAGCUCGAAUACCAGAAGCUGUAAAUCAUGGGGGUCAUACACACACCUUUCUUGCAUGCAUCUACAACGCAUCAUUUGAGCGGGGCGUUUUCAAGUUUUUAUUUCAUGGGUAUAUGGGUCCUCUUUCUUUUGAUCAACGACAAAGGGGGGACUCAUGGGAGGAUUGGGUGCGGGCAACUUCAGCUUUUCGCCCACGAGAUGGCGAUAUGAACAAUACUGUACCAUAGAUCCCAAAAACCAUCAG